UGCUUUCGGACUUUGUGUAAAAGAAACAUUUUCAAAAUUUUUCUUGGCUAUGGGUGCUAAAAAUUCUGUAAAAUGCUCAAGCGUUCUGUUGGGAGCGAUUCAUCUGCAGCAGGGAUUCAUCAAGGGUCUGUUAUCGUCUACAAUCCGUAAUAUGUCCGGCUCUAAAUGCAGUCGAGUACCCCAAAAGGAGAAGAAGAAAUGCAGAAUGCCAUUGGUCAUACCACCGGAAUAUUUUAAACAGCCCAAUCCCUGUAAAACAGAUGAAGAGCUACAAACAGAUCGAUCUCUGGGCGUUUAUAUGCGCUGCUCUCCACCCUAUAAGCCAGUAUGUAUGGGACCCUGUUUCAAUGAACCACGCCUAGAUGCUACACUGUACCGGCCCAGUAAGGCCCUUGAUAAGCCGUACAAGAAGUAUUGGGUGGACUGUGUCAUUGAAAAGGUUCCCAAACGUGUGUGCAGUAUGAUGCAUGAAAAGCCUGAAAUUCCACGACGGCAGCCGCGAAGGACGAAGAGCUGUAAUCUAGCUCCGUCCGAAGGAUGCCGCACAUUGAUGAGACCGUUGCUAUGUCGACCCUUGAACCCAGGACCCGCAAUAUCCGAGACUCGCUGCAUUAAGAAUCCACUCUGUGAAUGUCCUGCGGCAAGGAGAGUAACUCGUUGCAAAAUCAAGCCAAAGGUUCAAGCCACAAAAAAGCGUCAGUUAACCAGAUAUCCAAGUUUUUCCGAAUGCCAAAGCGCUCAAUUGAACACAGCUCCGAUAACUGAGUGCCUCAAGAAGUAUUCCAUUUGCGAAACUUGGCGUGUUUUCAAAACUAGACAUGGCUAAGGAAUUUUACCUAAAAACUGCUCAAAACAGAUUGUGACGUUUCCUAGUGUUUCUAUUGUUGGAAGACACUUCAGAUCAGUAUUUUAACAGCAAAUCAAUCACAGAUUUCAAUAAAAUCGAGUAUUAUUAUGAAUUAAAAAAAAAACAUGUGGAUAAC